UUGGCCUCAUCUUUUCAAUCUAAUCAUCCCCAGAAUACGGGUGAUCUACAUCAUCGUACUAGCACAUCAGAUAGAUUAAUGCUUAUCAUCAGCCACAAUAUGCAUACGGACGUUUCUACUCCUCGGCACGUCGCAUCUCCAUUCGUUGAGUUGCCCAAGAAUGGAAAUGUCGUGGGAAAAAGCUAAAGAUGAUCUGUUGUAGCGUUUGACCCGAAGGAUUGAAGAAAGUUUAUAAGAUGCCCAUUUCCCAUUGAAUUCUCCAUCACUCAUCUGUCAUUCAAUCUUUAGUCUUUCAUUCAAUACCGACAAUAGCUUCAUUGUUUAUCACUCUUUUACAAUCAAAAUGCAUUCAUCUUCUAUUCUUUUAGGCCUAUGCCUUUCAACCUCAGCAUCAGCUCUGUUCGGUUCUAGUAGUGGCCUCGGCCGUGGCAGCGGUCUUGGCGCUGGUAGUGGUCUUGCUGGUCUUUUUGGUGGUGGUCUUCUCGGUGGUGGUCUCGGCGGAGGUGCCGGUGGUGGUCUAGACGCUAGUAGUGGUCUCGGUGCAGGUCUGAGUGGUGGUGCUGCUGCUAGUAGUGGUACAGGCGGCACCUGCGUUGGAGCCGGUGCGGUACACAUGAUAAUCGCUCGAGCGAGUACUGAACCCGCAGGAGAGGGGAUCAUCGGCUCUGUGGCCACCAAGGUUAAAGCCGGACUCCCAGGUUCCGACUCGGAAGCAGUGGUAUAUCCAGCUACACUAGGUCAAUAUCAAACCUCACAAGCAGCUGGUGUAACCGCCAUGAAGAAACUCGUGCAAGAUUACGCUGCGAGAUGUCCCGACUCUAAGAUGGCCGUUAUGGGAUACUCUCAGGGAGCGCACGUUUCAGCUGAUGUCAUGUGUGGUUCUUCGGGAAUGGGAAUCAUGGGAUCUACUGGUGGUAGUCAAGCUUUGUCUGCGGAUGUUGCUGGUAAAGGUAUGUUAUAAUCCACCAGCGUUUCUCUUACCAUUUCACUCUGGAGCAUUUACUAAUAGAAGUCUUAGUCGUUGCAAUGGUUCUAAUGGGCGAUCCAACCCAUGUACCCGAAGAAACCUUCAACGCAGGAACAUCAAAGAAGAACGGACUGUUUCCCCGUAAAAAUAUAGCUAGUUGUCCUGCCGAAAAAUCAAUUUCUUACUGCGACACCGGCGACACGUAAGUUCCCUUUCCUCCCAUAUCUCUUCAUCUUCCCCAAAAUCUAACACACUUCCCAUAGAUUCUGUGACUCAGGCAUGUCCGUCCAAGUACAUCUCUCAUAUGUCACGAGAUACGGUACCGCAGCUGCCAAAUUCAUCACGGAUAAAGUUUCCAGUCAAUCUACCACUACCACUUCCACAACCACUGCACCUUCCACUGGAGAUAAUAAAACAGAAAAAGCCGCCUCGCCAUUCAGUGGUACGGGCUUCGGUUUCAAAGCCAAGCGCGAUAGUAUUAGUGGUGCUGCGAACUCGAAGAGUGGUGCUGGAUGGAGCAUUUUGAUUGCUUUUGUUGGGUUGGGAUUAUUGUUGUAGUAGAUGAUUCGUGCAAGGAAUGGAAAAUGGAAAGGCGUUAUUUGAUAUCCCAGUUUCUUUUGCGUAUUAGUUUAGUUUACUUUGAGGGUUGCUGGGAAAUUCAGACAGCUUACGGGGCAGGCUGAAUAUUGAUUUAUAGUUUCAGUAUUAUCAAUUUUGUAUAUAACAUAUCAUACCUAUACCAACUUAUAAAAAAAGCGCGCUCGC